CUUCCGCUUCCUAUGGCUGGCUGGUCACCUGACACUGAUGCUGCUGUCAACAGUGGUUCAAUAGCAAUCAACAAUGAGAGUUAGUAAGAUUCUUUAAGACGACUCAACGGGUUAGAGCUGUCAUAACAGUCACAUUUAAAUAUACGGAUUUCUCUGGCUGCCAGCACAAUGACUGAGUUUUGGUUAAUCUCUGCUCCGGGAGAAAAGACCUGUCAGCAAACAUGGGACAAAAUGAUGACGGCCACCACACGCAACAAUAAUCUUUCCAGCAACCACAAGUUCAGCAUCCCUGACCUGAAGGUUGGGACACUAGAUGUCUUAGUUGGGCUGUCUGAUGAAUUGGCCAAGUUUGAUUCCUUUGUUGAAAGUGUAGUGAAGAAGGUGGCCCAGUACAUGGCAGAUGUGUUGGAAGACAGUCGAGACAAAGUGCAGGAGAAUUUACUGGCUAAUGGAGUUGAUCUUGUUACCUACAUCACACGAUUUCAAUGGGACAUGGCCAAGUACCCUAUCAAGCAAUCACUUAAAAACAUUUCAGAAAUUAUCUCAAAGCAAGUUACCCAGAUUGACCACGAUUUGAAGACCCGAGCAUCAGCUUAUAACAACCUGAAAGGAAACCUACAGAACCUUGAAAGGAAAAAUGCAGGGAGCCUGCUUACAAGGAGCCUGGCUGACAUUGUCAAGAAGGAAGACUUUAUUCUUGACUCUGAGUACCUUAUCACCUUGCUUGCUGUUGUUCCAAAAGCAUCUUAUGCUGACUGGCAGAAAACCUAUGAAACACUUGCUGAGAUGGUGGUGCCUCGAUCGUCAAAUCUUUUGUUUGAGGACAAUGAAAGUGGAUUGUUCAGCGUGACUCUGUUUCGGAAAGCCAUUGAUGACUUCAAACACAAAGCCAGAGAGAACAAGUUCUCAGUGAGAGACUUUCAGUACAAUGAAGAGGAGAUGAAGGCAGAUAAAGAGGAGAUGACGCGGCUAUCUACAGAUAAAAAGAAGCAAUUUGGACCACUCGUUCGAUGGCUGAAAGUAAACUUCAGUGAAGCCUUCAUUGCUUGGAUCCACAUUAAAGCACUGAGGGUCUUUGUGGAAUCUGUUCUAAGGUAUGGUCUUCCAGUAAACUUCCAGGCCAUGCUACUUCAGCCAAACAAGAAGACAACAAAGAAGCUAAGGGAGGUGCUCAAUGAUCUAUACAAACAUCUGGACAGCAGUGCAGCAGCAAUCAUGGAUUCAGCAAUGGAUAUUCCAGGUUUGAAUUUGAGCCAGCAAGAAUAUUACCCAUACGUCUAUUACAAGAUUGACUGCAACCUUCUGGAGUUCAAAGUGUAAGACUCGCACCACUCGGUCUACAAGGUGAUGAUUGAUGUGUUGUUGUUUUUUUUCUCCUUAAUGGAACAAAUCUCACUUGCUCCCAUGUCUGAACACUUGAAUGUAAGUGCUGCAUGCCUUAUGGGUGAAAUACACACAGACAAGCUUCUAUUCCUUUUUAAAAAAGACUUUUAAAGACUUGUUUACAUUUGUUUUGAAGCUGCACCUUGUGAAUUGGUGGGUACUCACUUUGUUACAUUUCUAUUCCACACGUGCUUGUGAGUAUUGAUAAUUUUUUCUGUAUAGACGUUUGCUUCAUUGUCUUUACAUAAAUUAGAUUUGUGUGUGAUUGUGGGUGUCGAAAACACGAGUGUGGUCUUGUAUAUAAAACUAAAGAAGAAAAUAUCUGAACAUUACUGAUGAAAUUCAUUGACUACCACUGUUCACAAAAUGUGAAAAUUGUCAAACAUACAGUCCAAUAAAAAAACAAUGCAAAUA